UAUAAGCGGCCUCCUGCCACCACUUGUUUCGCCAAGGAAACACAGUCCAGCACAAGUCAAGAGAUAGAGAGAGAGAGAACUAAAGCUAGAGUCUCUUAGCUUGUUGGAGGAGAGACGUGUUAGCAACUUAGCAUAUAUAGCCACGAAAGCGCUACUAGGUGCUGGCCGGCUUUCUGCUCGCUUAUAACUUGCUUGUCAGCCUUCAAGACAACAAAGAAACAGGUUGAGAGAGAGAAUGCCAAGGCAAGGUGUAGGCUCCAUGUUCGCCAUGUCAUUGCUCCUCGGCGUCUUUGCAUCCAUUCCACAAAGUGUUGAGGCCAUCGGGGUGUGCUACGGCAUGAGCGCCAACGACCUGCCGGCGGCGAGCACGGUGGUGAGCAUGUACAAGGCGAACGGCAUCUCGGCGAUGCGGCUGUACGCGCCCGACCAGGGUGUGCUGCAGGCCGUGGGCGGCACGGACAUCAGCGUCACCGUGGGCACCCCCAACGACGCGCUGUCCAACAUCGCGGCCAGCCCCGCGGCGGCCGCGUCCUGGGUCCGCAACAACAUCCAGGCGUACCCCUCCGUCUCCUUCCGCCACGUGUGCGUGGGCAACGAGGUGGCCGGCGGCGCGGCGCGGAACCUGGCGCCGGCCAUGGAGAACGUGCACGCGGCGCUGGCGGCGGCCGGGCUGGGCCACAUCAAGGUGACGACGUCGGUGUCGCAGGCCAUCCUUGGCGUGUACAGCCCGCCGUCCGCUGCGCAGUUCACCGUCGAGGCGCAGGGGUACAUGGGCCCCGUGCUCAAGUUCCUGGCCCGCACCGGCUCGCCGCUGAUGGCCAACAUCUACCCGUACCUGGCCUGGGCCUACAACCCGAGCGCCAUGGACAUGAGCUACGCGAUCUUCACCUCCUCGGGCACCGUGGUGCAGGACGGCGCCUACGGGUACCAGAACCUGUUCGACACCACCGUGGACGCCUUCUACCUCGCCAUGGCCAGCAACGGCGGCGGCUCCGGCGUGCCGCUGGUGGUGUCGGAGACCGGGUGGCCGUCUGGCGGCGGCGUGCAGGCGACGCCGGCGAACGCGAGGGUGUACAACCAGUACCUGAUCAACCAUGUCGGGCGCGGGACGCCGCGCCACCCGGGCGGCAUCGAGACGUACCUCUUCUCCAUGUUCAACGAGAACCAGAAGGAGAGCGGCGUGGAGCAGAACUGGGGGCUCUUCUACCCCAACAUGCACCACGUCUACCCCAUCAGCUUCUGAUCAACCGAUCCGCCUGGCGUCUCCACGCACGGGGCUCCGAUCGAUCGAGCUGCUUGUUUCGUACAUAUGUCCGUGCGUUUGUAAGUAUCAAGUAUUAUGCGCGUAGCAUGUAGUGUGUAUGGUUUGUGGGCUUGAUUUGCGACCGCUGGGAGUACCCAAUCAAUGCGACCCCCAGAUGCGUACGCCGGGGUAUCUCUUGUAUGCUAAUGCUAUACACAUUUGAAAGGGAUUGGAGACGCGCUCGUACCGUAUAGUAUAUAGAUACAUACGCUACGUCGUCGUCCGUUGAUGAUCUUCCUUCGCAGUAGUAUAAAGAGAGAGGUUGAUGAUGGACAAGAUACAGAUGUACAUUAUCACGCACCGUAUAAAUAUACGGUUUCAUUAGUUUGA